CAGGAUGGGGGUGCUGCUGCUGCUGCUGUUUCUCCCGGAGCUGCUCCCGGCCGUGCCAGCGCAGAAACUCUCCGCACUCACGUUUUUGAGAGUGGAUCAAGACAAAGACAGAGAAUGCAACCUGGACUGUGCAGGGUCCCCUCAGAAGUCUCUCUGUGCAUCUGAUGGAAGAACCUUUCUCUCCCGAUGUGAAUUCCAGCGAGCAAAAUGCAAAGACCCUCAACUGGAAAUUGCUUACCGGGGCAACUGCAAAGAUGUUUCCAGAUGUGUGGCUGAGAGGAAGUACACCCAGGAACAAGCUCGCAAGGAAUUUCAACAAGUGUUUAUCCCAGAAUGCAAUGAUGAUGGCACAUACAGUCAGGUUCAGUGCCAUAGUUACACUGGAUACUGCUGGUGUGUCACUCCUAAUGGCCGUCCUAUCAGCGGUACUGCUGUGGCGCACAAAACUCCCCGAUGCCCAGGUUCUGUAAGUGAGAAAUUACCACAACGAGAAGGUGCUGGAAAAGCAGUCUCCUUGCAAAUCUUUUCCAUUCUGAAUUCAGAUGAUGCCUCAGCUCCUGCGCUGGAGACUCAGCCUCAAGGUGAUGAAGAAGAUAUAGCUUCUCGAUAUCCUACAUUAUGGACUGAACAAGUAAAGAGUAGACAAAACAAAACCAAUAAAAGCUCAGCAUCAUCGUGUGAUCAAGAACUUCAGUCAGCACUGGAGGAAGCCAAACAACCCCAGAAAGACAACGUGUUCAUUCCAGAAUGUGCUCAGGGUGGCCUUUACAAACCUGUGCAGUGUCAUCCUUCCACAGGCUACUGUUGGUGUGUUCUUGUGGAUACAGGACGUCCCAUUCCUGGCACAUCAACAAGGUAUGAACAACCUAAGUGUGAUAACAGUGCCAGAGCUCACCCAACUAAAACAAAGGAUUUGUAUAAAGGACGCCAACUUCAAGGUUGUCCUGGGGCUAAGAAGAAUGAGUUCCUGACUAGUGUUUUGGAUGCAUUAUCCACAGAUAUGGUACAUGCAGUUUCUGAUCCAUCGUUGGCUUCUAGCCGGGUUUCAGAGCCUGAUCCAAAUCACACUCUGGAGGAGAGAGUAGUCCACUGGUAUUUCAAACAACUUGAUAAAAAUUCCAGUGGUGACAUUGGCAAGAAAGAAAUCAAACCAUUUAAGAGAUUCCUACGAAAGAAAUCAAAACCCAAAAAAUGUGUGAAGAAGUUUGUGGAAUACUGUGAUGUGAACAAUGAUAAGUCCUUGUCAGUUCAAGAAUUAAUGGGCUGUCUGGGAGUAACAAAAGAAGAAGGUAAAGCAGAAACAAAGAAACGCCACACAGCCCCUAAAACUAAUACUGAGAGCACUUCAUCCAACAGGCAGCAAGUUUCUAAGAAGCAAGGGUGAACAACUUAUUCAUCCAAGGCAGAUCUCUUUGACGUGGGAGAUUUCCUCACCAAAAGUCAAUAAAAACAACUGUAGUAUUUGCACUUUGUACUUUAAAAUGUAAAUUCACUUUGUAGAAAUGAAAUAUUUAAACAGACUUUCUUUUAAUCUGUGAAAAUGUAAUGGCUAGUUUUGAAUAUUUUAUCACAUACAAUGUAUGUGCUUUCUUCUGUUGUCUGAAAUAUGUAGAAUGUGUUGGAUAUGUAUAAGUUUGCAUUUAGACCUUUUU